GGGAGCCAGGGAAGCAUGGCCUCGGCCCGCGCGGUGCCCGCCCUCGCCCGCCAUUGGCCGCCCGCGCGCCCGCCCCCGCCCGCCAUUGGCCGAUCGGUGCCGAAGCCUCCCCUGCGCGGGGCCAUGGCGGGAGAGCACGCGGCGGGGCUCGUGCGGGAGUUGCACCGCGCGGGCAGCGGGCGCCUGCCGCCCUUCCGUGCGGAGGGGCUGAGGCAGACGCUGGAGGAGAUGCGGGCGCUGUACGAGCAGAACCAGGCAGACGUCUCCGAAGCCAAGGCGGGACGCGCCGACCUCAUUUUCCUUAUCCGGUUCCGGCACUGCUGCCUGCUACGAAACCAGCGCUGCCUCCUGGCGUACCUGUACGACCGGUUGCUGCGGAUCCGAGCGCUACGGUGGGAGUACGGCAGCGUCCUGCCAAACACGGUCCAGUUUCACAUGUCAGCUGACGAAGUGGAAUGGUUCAAUCAGUACAAAAAGUCUCUGGCUACCUACAUGAGGUCAGUAGGAGGAGAGGAGGGGCUGGACCUUACCCAGGACAUAAAACCUCCUAAAAGCCUGUACAUUGAAGUGCGGUGUUUAAGAGACUAUGGAGAAUUUGAGAUUGAUGAUGGUACCACUGUUCUGUUGAAGAAGAAUAGCCAGAUCAAGUCUACAUCCUGAUAAUGCUGCUGCUUUGCUCUCUGCCUCCUUCCCACAUACAUCCCUUGUCUAUGAAGAUUUCAUUGCUCCUUGACAAAUGCUUUCAGCAUUGGCUCCAGCUUCUAUUCUACAUGGAACAGGCCAUUCACUGCAACAGAUGUCUGCACUAUCUGCAUUAGUCCAUCCAUCACACAAUUUUUCAUUCCUUCUCCCUUCAGUGCUGAGGUUGCAACAGGAGAUUUUGGUCUACCUCCUCAUCUGAGUGUUGGGGACCUGCUCCUUUCGCCCCACAGGGCAGCUCUCCAUACUCCUUAUCCCUUCCAACACCAGAGCCCUCAGCCCCAUGAUCUCUGCGUUAUUCCCAUUUCAUCUCAGUGCUUUUUUACUUUUUCUUCUCAACAGCCAGCAUCUUGACUUGUUCCUCAUUAAACUUCUCUUUAGCUGCCUGUCCUUCCACACACAGAUCAUGUCCUUUUCCUUCCACUUCUGCUGCUGCCUCUCCUGGGCACACUGCUCUUGAAGGCCCUUGGGGCCUCUAUUGUCAGGAAAUCACCUCCUUUCACACCAAUGUUGCUGCAACAAAGCCUCACAGCUGUCCUCACACUGGCACCCAUUCCAUGACAGCCCUUGAUCAUGCUCAAUCUCUGCAUCUUUCCUAAAGCUAAAAAACAUUUCUAAGAUCUGGAUUUGAUAACAGCUUGAAAAGCUCAGCCAGCCUCAGAACAUGCUUCUUCUGGAGAGACUAUGCAAAGUUUUCUUCAGGUUGCAAAGUCAAGGCUAUUAUUUAAACGUUACACAAAGUUCACACACCAUUUUGCACUUCUCGAAGACUUACCCAUCAGAUGUUUUCCAACAACUCUGAAAACUCCCCACUACAGCCAGUCCCUCUGCAGUUCACCAGAGAUGGUGGCAACACAGCUUAAAUGCCUCAUAUUCCUGUUAUUUCAGUUUGUUCCCCUGGUCUACCACAGAUUUCAGCCAAGUGACCUCCUUUGGCCCACGCCUACCUCAUAUCUCAGCUCCUCAGCCGUAAAACCAGGAUAAUGGCCUAGCAAAGUCCUGCACACCUGUAUUGCAAAGGGGACUCUGCUCCUGACAAGAGGCAGUGAAGGGGGGCACAGCAGAGAAAGGGCAGGAGGAAAGCCUGAGGCAGUGGUGGAGCAUGCUGGGAAGCAGGAGGGGACAGGCAUGGACAGGCAACAGUUUUCUGUCCAGUUCCUCUCCAGUCUCCUCUGCAAGGCCAUUCUGGCCCCUAGAAGGAGGGGGUUGCAGAACUGGCACCACAAGCACAAGAACGGAAGAUCAACAGCCAAUUAGUGACAACCUUACUCUCCCACAAGCCAAUCUGUUUAGGCUAUAUAGAGAAAUCUCAGCCACUUUUUUGUUGCAUUUAAGAUGGCAAAGUUGUGAAGAUCUAACAAGUAGAGCCAGGUUUGCUGAAGACCCAAGAAAGACAGAGAUAGUAAGAAAACAGUGAUGAAAGCUCUCUUCUUUCUGUCACAGUUUUGAGAUACAGUCUUUGCUGGGCACUGCCUCUGACACAAGCUUGUAGAACACGCAGGGAAACAUAAAGUCUUAAAAUAAAAGCACUCAUGUAAGGGGAGUUUAGAUAUUUCACUUAAAACAGCUGCAGACCUGCAAUACUGCCCAGAUUUUUCUCUCAAAUUAAUGCAUCUCUCCAGCCCCAUGAUAUGUCAGCCUGAUAUACAAGUAGUGUAUGCACCCCUAGUCUUCACUUAGACCCAGAAAGAGAAGAGUG